AUGGAUACUAGAACAUCUGAUUGGUGGAGGUCAUGUAUGGGUAGAUUAGAAUCCAAGUUAUAUGGUGUUUGUAUUGAAACAUCAGUUAUAACUCUGACUACUAUCUCAGUACUAGCUGUUACAGGAGAAUUACUGAUAGGACUCAAAAUUAUACAAGAGCCACCUGAUAAUGGAAAGAAGAUUGAAGAAAAAACACAGCGUACGAAUUCUACUUCAGAAAAAAAUGAUUAUGUUCAAGGGGAAGAUAAUUUGACACUUAAUAUAUUUAUUGCCAAUUGUGUCUUUCGUUAUACAAGCCUUGUUAUAGCAGCAUUAUUCCUGUUAGAGAUUUGCCUAAAGAUCUUAGCUAGAGGGAGAUCGUUUUUCGUAUUUCCAUGGCAGAUAUUUGACGGUUUGGUAAUUUUAGUAACAUUUGGUAUUGAAAUUACAUUUAUAUUUGUUAAAUUACCAGAACCAUAUUGGGAAGCCAUGACAUAUGUUGUUAUUCUGAGAUAUUGGCGCAUACCGCCAGUUUGUAAUAUAAGGGCAAAUGUACGUCUAAUAGAAUUUAAUCAAGAACUUGAAUCCUGGAGAGCAGCAAAACAAAAAGUAGACGAAAAAUGUAAAAAUCUACAAUAUGAAUUAGACAAAAUAAAGAUAGAGAAUAUGGGGAUAAAUAAAACAAAUGGCCACAUACCUGGUGUCAAAGAAAUAGAAGACAAGGGUAUGUCGUUUUUAAUAUUAUUUUACGAUUCAAUGCUUUUGUCUACAUGUGCUACUGGGCAGCAGGAGAAAAAAAUAUUGGAAAAUAUCCCCCUCCGUUUUAGUGGAUUCACAGAUAAACAAAUAGAGGGGCUAACUCUAAAUGGAAUAAUAAAAACGUCACAUCAAAACAGUCACAAUACCACUCAGAUAGAGGACGAAACAGACUCAAAAAUAGUACGGGAAAAUAAGAACAAUGUGAACAAGAUGGAUAUUGCUAUAAAAGUGAAAUCUGUGAACUUUGACAUGAGUUUUAAAAAUGAAAUUUCUGGGUCACCGUCUCCAUCACGAAAGCGACCGACAGAAAGUACAAAAAUCAAUAGGUAUCAACGUACAGAUAGUGAAAGUUCCAUAUCAUAUGAAGCAGCAGAAGAGGAAGUUGUUGUUCAAAUAGAGAAUGCUAUACAGUCUGAACUGCAAAACUCAGAUGACGGAGUCUAUCUCAUUUCUGACGACAGUGAAGUUAAAGAUAGUUAUGCUUAUGUUAAUGGGUCAUUUGAUGAUGAAAUAGAUGAUUUAGUUUUAAGGAAAGAUUUACAAGUCAUGGCAGAUAUUGACGGUACCAAAACAUAUAGAAGUGCGGAUGGUAUACCAAUGACGUCUUUAUAACGGAAGCUGAUGAACUUCAAGUUAACAAUAGCACCAUCAUUGCUAUGUGCAUCACACCUAUAGCCUAUUAUAAAAUAGGCAAUGAUUUCAUACUCAAUCUUUUAAGAUCCUUUACUGUUUGAUCUCCAGUGAAUUAUUUUGAGUUCUCCCCAUGCUGCGUCGCUAGUUCCAAUCGAUCCAAAUUACAAUUAAUCCAGAUCUUAAUUAGUGAGGAAAAUUCUUUGAAGACCGGUUUCACCUCAGUUGAUGCAAUGCGAUAAGUUGUUAUUACCUCUCUUUCUGUUCAAUUUGCAUCCAAGAGCCUCUUUAUAUUUACUUAUUUACUUAUAUUACCAGUAAAGUUAUUGUUUGCAGAACGCGAAUAACAUAUUAUUUUCAGUAAACCAACUGACGUACCAUUAAAAUAACUUUUUUGUUGCACAUCAUAUGGACAAGCAUGCAUGCCCUUCUGUCUCAUUAAUUUUUUGUCUCAACGCUUUAUUUUAUGAAACUUCGGUCAUUAGGCAUUAUGAUGAAAUUAUUGUAGUAGUUCAUAAUAUUUAUGUGCUUUGACUUAUUGUUAAAUAAAUCGUUUUUUAUAGU